CUCUCUCGCCGCACCCGAACCCUCGACGCCGGUAACCUCCAUCGCCGCUCUACAUACACUGCCGCGGGAGACUCCAACACCAAAUCCGCCAUAAGACACCUCUCCUCGUCUUGGGAUGAAGAUACGGACGCUGCCGAGAUAUCAACUCCGAUCCCCCAAAUUAGGCAAGAGGCUCUCCUGGAAUGUUUCACCAGCUUGGUCACUUCAAUCCGGUUGUUGGGCUUGAAGGGCGCGCACCCUUCUUUCACC